CUGCCUGUACAUUAGUUCGCAUUAAUUUGGUAUUUUAAACGCGCGCUUGAUACGCAACAGAAUCUCUUUUAAACAAGAAAAGAAAUAACUAUUUGAGAACUGAAAUGUUUAGACUGAUCUUACUUUGGUAUGGCGCUACUGCAGAUGCAAGAUGAAUUCUGAUUCGGAUCAUGCCUUAUACUUCUUAAGCAAUGGUUCCUCGGAACUCAACGAACCGCUUUCUGCGUCCAACGUCUCCAACUCGACCACAGCAAAAAAUGGCACCGAAUCGAGUUCCUUCAGCCUCCGUCGUGCGGUUCCUCUGGGUAUGGUUCUGGGCGCUUUUAUUGUGUUUGCCAUCGUGGGUAACAUUCUCGUUAUUCUCUCUGUUGUGUGCAACAGGCACCUGCGGAUUCCAACCAACUACUUCAUCAUUAAUCUAGCGAUGGCAGACCUGUUGCUGGCCACAACCGUCCUACCGGUAUCCGCCACACUGGAAAUUCUCAACUACUGGGUAUUUGGAAGGAUUUUCUGUGACAUUUGGGCUGCACUGGAUGUACUCUGCUGCACCGCAUCCAUCAUGAGCCUGUGCGUAAUCUCCAUAGACCGCUACAUCGGGGUGCGUUACCCUUUGCAGUACCCAAGUAUCGUGACGGAGAAAAGGGCGCUCUUGGCAAUGCUGGGGGUUUGGGUGCUUGCCAUUGUCAUAUCUAUUGGACCACUGCUCGGAUGGAAACAACCGCCCUCCAAGGACGAAACCGUUUGCCCCAUCACGGAGGAGCCGUUUUACGCCCUGUUCUCGUCACUGGGUUCAUUCUAUAUCCCUUUAGCAGUUAUUUUAGCCAUGUACUGCCGUGUGUAUGUAGUUGCUAAAAGAACCACUAAAAAUCUAGAGGCUGGAAUGAUGAAGGAGCGCAUGGACUCCAAUGAGCUGACACUCCGAAUUCACUAUAAAGGCUCACAGACGCAGGAUGACUGCAGCGCAACGGGUAGUAAAGGCCUGAUGAGGAGCUCUCUGACACUCAAAUUACUGAAGUUUUCCAGAGAGAAGAAAGCUGCUAAAACGCUUGGUGUCGUUGUGGGCAUGUUCAUCCUGUGCUGGUUACCAUUUUUCCUCGCUCUACCUAUUGGAUCCUUUAACAAGAGCUUGCGUCUUCCUGACACGCUCUUUAAAGUCAUCUUCUGGCUGGGCUACUUCAACAGCUGUCUGAACCCCAUCAUUUACCCCUGCUAUAACCGCGAGUUCAAGCAGGCUUUCAUUCAGAUCCUGCGAUGCCAUUGUCAGCAGAGGAAACAGCAGGGGUGGAAGACAUACAACUACCGUGUCCAGACGGGUUCCUCAAACCAGGGCUACACAGACACCAGCUCCAUUUGCAUGAAUGGCAGUCAACAGACUCUUGCUCCAUUGCAUCCCAGCCCGUGUUUCAGCAGAGGAGGGGGCUCUCGUCAGGCAUCGGCUCAUCUUCCAGGCUGGGAUCCCGGCAACUCUUCUCCCUCGUUAUCUGGGAGCCCCUUUCCUGGUAAAAAGAGACCCGGCACUGGGGAAAUCACCCCGAAUUCCUGCAAACCCAGCAGAACUUUGUGGUUCCCUAAUGGCCCUUUUUCCAAAGGACGUCACCACGCUAAUGGACAGAACGCAAAGGGUGAGGAACACCUGAGACCAACACCUGAGACUACUAUGUAGCUUGAUGUUGACAGUGACUUUCACACAAAUUUCUCUCUGGAUUAAUUCGAUAUGUUGUCAAUGUGAAAUGGAUUGCGCAGUUUGUCAUGCAUGUUUCUAUUGUGAAUUUGGCAGUUGCAGUAGCUAUUGAUAUUAUAUGGAAAGGGUAGAUAUAUGUGGUUAUUUGAAAUAUCACUAGCACUAACAACUUUUGCUCCAUUUAUUGCCUAAGUUGUAUGUGUAAUGUGUACGUCUGCUGUAAAUUUAGGAAGAGUUUGUGGUUUAGAAAGAUGUGUGCAGUGGAGGUCAUUGUUGGAACAUCUGCAUGAGGGAACAGAACUACGUCCAUAGAUGUCUUAAGACGUACGUGUGCUUCAUUAAUGAAACUAGCCGAUUUUUUCUGAUCUUUUGUGUUAUUUAUUUCCAGGUUGGGCCAGUUUUUUUUAUAUUACCUGUUAGGCUGGUUAAGAUUCUUUA